UUGUCAGACAAGAAGAAGAAGCAAGCGAACCCAUCAAGCCAAAGAAUCCAAAGGGCCAUCCUUUUCUGGGCGGUUAGCUUCAGAGGGCGGGUGGGUUGCCUUUGGAAUUCAGAUUUCAGGAAACGAGAAUCAUUUUCUCAGGGGAAGCGGCUCUUUGGUUUUGGAUCCACUCCUCCCCAGUGGAUCUAAAUUUAUCAGCUUUUUGGGGUCUUCCUUGAAUUGAAUGCAUGGGAGCAGUGCUUGUCUAGCGUGCCAUUCUAAAACCAAACAAGAAACUUCAGGGAAUGCACCACUGAAAGAAAGGUCAAAUACAAAUCUGACUGAAAGGAAACCUAGUAUAUCAGAGGGUUUCUGGACCACCAGCACGUGGGAUAUGGACAAUAGUGCAGUUCUGUCUCAAGGAAGCAUAUCAUCAAUCAGCACAAACCAGACCCUUGAUCCGCAUGGUGGUUCUGCCAGCAGUAGUGCCCCUUCCGAAUUUGUAAAUCAUGGUCUUCUUCUCUGGAACCAGACUAGGCAGCGUUGGGUAGGUAGCAAAAAGCUUGAGAAGCAGGCACAGCAAAUUCGGGAAUCCAGAUUAAGUUGGAAUGCAACCUAUGAAAGUUUACUGGGGAGUAACAAGCCUUUCACUCAGCCUAUCCCUCUCUCUGAAAUGGUAGAUUUUCUAGUGGACAACUGGGAGCAAGAAGGUUUGUACGAUUGAGUCAUUGAGUGCAGCAGAGGUACUAGAAAUUUUAAAGUUCGCUAGUUACAUAGUUGGUCCGAGUGUUUGUAACCGCUUUACUGCCUCCUAGUAAAUAGGAAGCGAUAGUAUGGCUUGUACAUGAACUAUAACAUCAUUUUUGCUUUCUUCUCUUUGGAUUCAAACUCUGAGGGCAUUUUUGUUGUUCCCUUAUAUUGCAUCGAGACUGAUUUAUAGAAUUGGAUUCUUCCACUGUUCAUGGUGGGCGAUUUUGCAAAAGUUAUUUGCUGUUGAAUACCUCACUUUGAAUGAAAGUAUCAGCAACAGUUGUCUUGA